UCGUGUUUAUGUCGUCGUUCCAAUGUUGCAUAAACACCGAAGACAACUUCAGCAUUUCAACACAAAUCUUAUUUUUAUUUCGAACCAAACACCAUAUUAAGAAGUUAUGAUACCAGCUUUUUGCCGAAGCUCCGUGGGAGCAGUACGAAAUGUCGCUGGUGCUUCAAGACGAUACCUUUUGCAGCAAGCUUCGCCUGCUGCAGGCCUUGCAGUGCCAGAGAUGGUGACUGACACAGAGGAACCCUCUCCAGGGAGGGCGCUGUACAUGGACGCACAGUCAACUACUCCUUUGGAUCCCCGAGUUCUUGAUGCGAUGAUGCCUUACUCCUUGGCGUACUUUGGGAACCCUCACUCUAGGACCCAUUCCUAUGGCUGGGAGUGUGAGGAGGCCGUAGAGAAAGCCAGGGCUCAAGUUGCUCGUCUGAUUGGAGCAGAUACUCGAGAGAUCAUCUUCACAAGUGGUGCAACUGAAUCCAACAACAUCUCAGUAAAGGGUGUCUCCAGAUUCUACAAGUCUCGUAAGAAGCACGUCAUCACUACUCAGACAGAACAUAAGUGUGUCUUGGAUUCCUGUCGGGCUCUGGAGGCAGAAGGUUUUGAUGUGACCUACCUUCCUGUACAAACAAACGGCCUUCUGGAUCUGAAGGUUUUUGAGGAUGCUAUACGUCCAGACACAGUACUGACAAGUGUCAUGUUUGUUAACAAUGAGAUUGGAGUCAAGCAACCCAUAGCCGAGAUCGGAGCAAUCUGUCGUGCUAAGAAGAUCUUCUUACAUACAGACGCUGCCCAGGCAGUUGGCAAGAUCCCUGUAGAUGUCAAUACCAUGAACAUAGAUCUCAUGUCCAUCAGUGGACACAAAAUAUACGCCCCAAAAGGCAUUGGUGCAUUGUACGUCCGGCGCCGACCUCGUGUCCGCAUCGAAGCACUCCAGAGUGGUGGUGGCCAGGAGAGAGGGAUGCGUAGUGGAACUCUUCCAACACCCCUCAUAGUGGGCUUAGGGGAGGCGUGUGAAAUAUCGCAGAAUGACAUGGAGUACGAUCAUGCCCGCAUCUCGGCACUGGCAGACCGUCUCAUCACUAAGAUCAACAAGAGCCUGAAAGACGUCAUUCAAAACGGUGACCCAACGCAGAGAUACCCGGGCUGCGUAAACUUGUCCUUUGCUUACAUCGAGGGGGAAUCCCUCCUCAUGGCUUUGAAGAACAUUGCCCUGUCAUCGGGCAGCGCUUGUACGUCGGCGUCGCUGGAGCCCUCCUACGUCCUCAGGGCCAUCGGGGCGGAGGAAGAUCUUGCCCAUUCUUCCAUCAGGUUUGGUAUUGGACGCUUUACCACUGAGGCUGAGAUUGACUACACAGCGGAGCAGUGCAUUUCUAAAGCACAGAAACUGAGAGAUAUGAGUCCGUUGUGGGAGAUGGUUCAGGAAGGCAUCGACAUCAAGGAAAUUAAAUGGUCCCAGCAUUAAAAGUGCAUGGACACAAAAGGAUAAAGAGGAUGAUGAGUGCAGGUCGGGAAGUAAAUUGAAUUUUCUUUUGUUAAGCUUUUCAUGCUUGUAUUUAUAGAAGAGGGGUGGGGGGGGGGGUGGCCCAGGAGCAAAACAAAUGUCCAAAAAUACUUCAGUUUAUCCAUGUGGCUUGUAUUUAUAGAGGGGGGGGGGGGGUGCCAAGGAGCCACAUAAUGUCAACAAAUACUUCAGUUUAUCCAUAUGGCUUGUAUUUAUAGAGGGGGGGGGGUGCCAAGGAGCCACAUAAUGUCAACAAAUACUUCAGUUUAUCCAUAUGGCUUGUAUUUAUAGAGGGGGGGUGGUGCCAAGGAGCCUCAUAAUGUCAACAAAUACUUCAGUUUAUCCAUAUGGCUUGUAUUUACAGAAGAGGAGGGGGGGGGGGUGUCAAGGAGCCGCAUAAUGUCAAAAAAUACUUCAGUUUAUCCAUUUAUUAUGGCUUGUAUUUAUAGAGGGGGGGGUGCCAAGGAGCCACAUAAUGUCAACAAAUACUUCAGUUUAUCCAUAUGGAUUGUAUUUAUAGAGGGGGGGGGGUGCCAAGGAGCCACAUAAUGUCAACAAAUACUUCAGUUUAUCCAUAUGGCUUGUAUUUACAGAAGAGGGGGGGGGGGUGUCAAGGAGCCGCAUAAUGUCAAAAAAUACUUCAGUUUAUCCAUAUGGCUUUCGAGAGAGACUCUGCUAGUUAUGUCUGGCUAAUAACGUUUUUUUUUUGCAAGUUUAAUAUCAGAUGUGAGAGAGCAUUUUUAUUUCAUGUUUUUUUUCAUCAUGUUUGUACUGCUGAAUAUAUCUUGGUUUGGGCAUGUUGUGUAACCCAGUGAGCUAGUGGGCAUGUUUUCAUGUUGUAGGUCAGAAUAGGCUUUGGCCCCCAAUGGAUUAUGGUCCAACCUAACUAUGCUAGAAGUUUCAUGCUUUUCUCAAAAAGUGCACAAUUUUUUGCUACGCCGCUGCACUAAAUCAAUGAUCAGAAUUAUCUGAUUGGAUUGACUUUGUGGUAUUAGGGGGAUCAGGGACAGGCUGCUAGUCUGUGUGUCUUUAGGCACAGCACUUGGUCAUAAUGUGCUUCCCCUCACCUAGGUGUAUUGUUUGGAAAUUUACUCUUGACUAUCGAGAUUGAUAUAUCACUUUCUUGAUAUCUUUAGGCACAGCACUUGGUCAUAAUGUGCUUCCCCUCACCUAGGUGUAUUGUUGGGAAAUUUACUCUUGACUAUCGAGAUUGAUAUAUCACUUUCUUGAUAUCUUUAGGCACAGCACUUGGUCAUAAUGUGCUUCCCCUCACCUAGGUGUAUUGUUUGGAAAUUUACUCUUGACUAUCGAGAUUGAUAUAUCACUUUCUUGAUAUCUUUAGGCACAGCACUUGGUCAUAAUGUGCUUCUCCUCACCUAGGUGUAUUAUUGGGAAAUUUACUCUUGAGUAUCGAGAUUGAUUUAUAAUAUAUGCAACCACUUUCUUGAUAUCUUUAGGCACAGUACUUGGUCAUUAUGUGCUUCCCCUCACCUAGGUGUAUUGGUGGGAAAUUUACUCUUGUGUAUCGAGAUUGAAAUAUGCAAUCACCUUCUUGAUAUCUUUAGGCACAGCACUUGGUCAUAAUGUGCUUCUCCUCACCUAGGUGUAUUGUUGGGAAAUUUACUCUUGAGUAUCGAGAUUGAUAUAUCACUUUCUUGAUAUCUUUAGGCACAGCACUUGGUCAUAAUGUGCUUCCCCUCACCUAGGUGUAUUGUUGGGAAAUCUACUCUUGAGUAUCGAGAUUUAAAUAUAUGCAAUCACCUUCUUGAUAUCUUUAGGCACAGCACUUGGUCAUAAUGUGCUUCUCCUCACCUAGGUGUAUUGUUGGGAAAUUUACUCUUGAGUAUCGAGAUUGAUAUAUCACUUUCUUGAUAUCUUUAGGCACAGCACUUGGUCAUAAUGUGCCUCCCCUCACCUGUUAUUGUUUGGGGCGCAUACUCUUUGAGUGUCUAGAUUGAAAUAUGCAUUCACCAAUGGACAGCAACUGCAUGGCUGCUCAUUCAAAUGAAAGCUGGAUUGUUAAAUUAUACUCCGUACCUGAGUAUAAAGAUCAAUACACAAAGAGAUGUGGUCUAUAGAAAUAAAAUUUGAUUAUCAAUCUCAAAAUUAUUUUCACCAUUCUCAUAAAAUUAAAGAUAAAUACACAAAGAGUUGUUGUGAAUAGAAAUUAAAGUGCGUUGUCAUUCUCAUAAUCAUAAAAUAUUUAAUAUUGGCAGUGAAGAUUAUGCAUAAUGGAUUGAAUAUCAAAUUGUUGGCGAGGUCUGUUUAGUUUUUUUCUCAGUACAUGAAUGUUUCUAUAAAUAUUCUAUACAUUCCUCACAUCCUUAAAGACAGUGGACACUAUUGGUAAUUGUCCAAGACUAGUCUUCUCACUUGGUGUAUCUCAACAUAU